AGGAAGGGAGGACCAAUGAGCGGUAGGCAGGCCUUGGGUCGGAGGCAGCCUAUAGCGUGGAGAGGCGGGGACCUGGAGGUGACCACUGGCCAAUGGGCGUGCUCUUCUGAACAAGUGGCGGAUACCCUGGUAGUAAGAGUAUGGGGUAACCAGCUCUCAGAGAGGCUCGGCUCAGAAGGAGCCAUGCUUCGGAGGUUCCUGCGGCUCGGCCUGGGCCGGAGUCUCUCGAUCCGGGAAGUAGGCACGCACAGUGGAUACUCCAUUCUGGACUGGGAUGGAAAGGUGUCGGAGUUUAAGAAGAAGAUCCAGUCGAUCAUGCCCGGAGAGCCCGGCGACUUGCUGUGUGACACCAGGCACCUACCCCCUGAACACUCGGAUGUGGUGAUUGUAGGAGGUGGAGUGCUUGGCCUGUCGGUAGCCUUUUGGUUGAAGAAGCUGGCGAAGAGACGAGAUGCCAUUCGGGUGCUGGUGGUGGAACGAGACCACAUGUACUCAAAAGCCUCCACAGGACUUUCUGUGGGUGGGAUUCGUCAGCAGUUCUCACUGCCUCAGAAUGUCCAGCUCUCCCUCUUUUCAAUUGACUUUCUACGGAACAUCAAUGAGUACUUGGCUGUGGUCGAUACCCCUCCCUUGGACCUCCAGUUCAACCCCUCUGGUUACCUCUUGCUGGCUACAGAAAAGGGUGCUGCCAUUUUGGAAACCAAUGUGAAAAUGCAGAGGCAGGAAGGGGCCAAAAUUUCUCUGAUGUCUCCUGAGCAGCUUCAGAAGAAGUUUCCUUGGAUGAACAUGGAGGGAGUAGCCCUGGCGUCUUAUGGGCUGGAAAAUGAAGGUUGGUUUGACCCCUGGUCUCUGCUUCAGGGGCUUCGGCGAAAGGUUCAGUCAAUGGGAGUCCUCUUCUGCCAGGGAGAGGUGACACGUUUUCUUACUUCAUCGAACAGCAUGAGGAACUCAAGUGGGGAAGAGGUGAUCUUGAGAAGGAUCCAUGAGGUCCAUGUCAAGAUGGACAACAGCCUGGAGUACCAGCCAGUAGAAUGUGCCAUAGUGAUCAAUGCCGCAGGAGCCUGGUCUGGGCAGGUUGCAGAGCUGGCUGGUAUUGGGAAAGGGCCACCUGGCACCCUGCAGGGCACCAAGCUACCUGUGGAACCGAGGAAAAGGUUUGUGUACUUGUGGCACUGCCCCCAAGGGCCAGGCCUGGAGACUCCCCUGGUGACAGACACCAAUGGAGUCUAUUUCCGCCGGGAAGGACUGGGCAACAACUAUGUAGGUGGCCGUAGCCCCACUGAGGAGGAGGAACCAGACCCAGCAGACCUGGAAGUGGACCAUGAUUUCUUCCAGAACAAAGUGUGGCCCCAUCUGGCCCAGAGGGUGCCAGUCUUUGAGGCUCUAAAGGUUCGCAGCGCCUGGGCUGGCUACUAUGACUACAACACCUUUGACCAGAAUGGUGUGGUGGGCCCCCAUCCGCUAGUGGUCAACAUGUACUUUGCUACGGGCUUCAGCGGCCAUGGCCUCCAGCAUGCCCCAGGUGUGGGGCGGGCUGUGGCUGAGAUGCUGCUGGAGGGCCGCUUCCAGACCAUCGACAUGAGCCCCUUCCUCUUCAGCCGCUUUUACUUGGAGGAGAAGGUCCUGGAACAAAAUAUCAUCUGAGCUUAUGAGCUCCACACUGGGCUCCACUGCCAGAUCCUUCCCACACUGCACGAGGGCCUUAUUCCUUUCCCCACCACCCUCACUUUGGCCGCACAGCCCCCACGUAGCUUUGCAGGCCAGCAGGCACAGGCCCUGAGCCCCAGGCGAGUAGCAAGUGACAGGGCAGGACCUUCAGACUGAUCCCUAGGCCAGGCUGGUGCCUCCCAAGGUGGUCCAGGAUCUUGAGUUCUGAGAAACCGACCCAGGACUGGCUCCCUCCUGGUUCUGGCCCUGAAGGACAGCCUCCCUUCUGGACAGAGCCCAGCACAGAUGCACCCUGUCUGUUACCCUAGUCAUAGAUCAAUAAAUGUGGUGAACUCUCUCA